GCAUUGUUUGCCAUUCAGACAUGAUUGCUUGUAUUAAAGCUUUAUAAUAACACGUCGUGUGUUUUAUAUGGAAACAGAGAGAAGCGUUUGUAACCACUCGAUACACCGGCAAACCCCUUUCCGAUCAGAUGUGCUGCUAAAGCCGGAACAGGAAGCAGGACACACAUUCGUGUAUAUGUUACACACGGCACCAACGACUGGCGGAGGAACAUGCUGCAAUGCUCUAUACCUGCUUCGUGGCUUUAUUAUUGUUCAUCUGUACAGGAGAAUGAAUUGCUAUGAGUCACUUGUAUACAGAUAUAACAAGGAGUUCAGGGAUAUGCAGCCAUUGUAAAGCCCUAAUGCCAGUGCUGUUUAGCACACGCACAUAUACGCUGCUCCGUGGCCUAUGUCAGUAGCGAGGCGUGCUCCUCUAUGAGAGAUUAAUGCGCUUACUUAUAGUACAUAUACUCAGUAUUACACCGAAGCAUUACAUACGCAACUGUACACGUAACGCAGCAUUAUUUAUCAAGUGUAACUCAUGGGCAGUGUAACAGCCUCUCGAACCAAAGUAAAUGAUAUAGACGGUAGUUUGUAGCCAGUAUAGUAGUACAGUAUAUCAGGCUUGAGGAGUUUACCUAGGGCUCACCAUGGGGUAACACAGUGGUACACACAAUGAGAGCGACACACGCGCUGUCUCCACACAAUGUAUCACACGCUCCCCCCUCCUUCUCAGGCGGCCAGGUGGGUGAGGGGCAGCGAAAGGUCCGGGCUCCUCCCCCUCAGUGCACGUUCUGAUGGGAUACACAUAGUACAUGCAGGGGGGACGCACAGACAUGGGCCAGGCCUGGGACAGACAGACGCUCAGACACUGCUAGAGAAAGGAGCCCUCAGCCUGGGAGAGAGAGCUAGAGAAAGAGACACUGGGAGACUUUCACACAGCCAGAGAUGGGGCCAGGCGAGGCGUACAGUGUAUCUGGGAGACUGACAACAGGAAGAGACAGAUAGACAUCACAGUAGCCGCCAGUCAGUGCCUUUAUACCGUGUGUUGUAGCAGAGAGUGGCAUCUGUCCGCACUCUCCAUUGAGCUGCUGAUCGUACCGGCUGCUACUGGGACACCGCCUCGGAACUAACAGCGUCACCUCCCUGGGCUACGACUCACCCGGAGCGACCAUUUCUGCUUCUCUCGACCGUGUGGAUCAGCUGAAGUAUGUUCGCUAAAGGGAAAGGUUCGGCGGUGCCGUCAGACGGACAGGCCCGAGAAAAGCUGGCACUCUAUGUCUAUGAAUACUUGCUUCAUGUUGGGGCCCAGAAAUCUGCACAGACGUUCCUGUCUGAGAUACGAUGGGAGAAGAAUAUCACUUUGGGGGAACCUCCAGGCUUCCUACACUCCUGGUGGUGUGUAUUCUGGGACUUGUACUGUGCUGCUCCUGAGAGGAGAGAUACCUGUGAACAUUCAAGUGAAGCAAAAGCUUUCCACGAUUAUAGUGCAGCAGCUGCUCCAAGCCCGGUUCUUGGGAACAUUCCUCCAAAUGACGGGAUGCCUGGAGGGCCAAUUCCACCAGGAUUCUUCCAGGGUCCUCCUGGGUCACAACCAUCACCUCAUUCACAGCCUCCUCCUCACAACCCCAAUAUGAUGGGACCUCACAGUCAGCCUUUUAUGUCACCUCGAUAUGCCGGUGGGCCAAGACCGCACAUACGAAUGGGUAAUCAGCCUCCUGGAAGUGUGCCCGGAUCUCAGCCUUUACUACCAAACUCCAUGGAUCCAACACGGCAAGGACACCCUGGCAUGGGAGGCCCUAUGCAAAGAAUGAACCCUCCCAGAUCAAUGGGCCCUAUGGGUCCCGGGCCUCAGUCUGAUCCUUGGUUAUCAUUGCAGAAUUAUGGCAGUGGAAUGAGACCACCACCCAACUCCUUAGGUCCUGGAAUGAACAUGGGUCCAGGAGCAGGCAGGCCAUGGCCAAACCCAAACGGCGCCAAUUCUAUUCCCUACUCUUCUUCCUCACCUGGCACAUAUGUGGGUCCCCCUGGAAGUGGUGGUCCUCCAGGAACACCUAUAAUGCCCAGCCCUGCAGAGUCCACAAAUUCAAGUGACAAUAUCUAUACAAUGAUAAACUCUGUUCCACCAUCAGGAAAUCGUUCAAACUUUCCAAUGGGACCUGGCUCAGAUGGCCCUAUGGGAGGCAUGGGUGGGAUGGAGCCUCAUCACAUGAAUGGAUCAUUAGGGUCAGGAGACAUGGAUGGACUUCCUAAGAACUCCCCAAACAACAUAAGUGGCAUUAGUAACCCUCCAGGGACACCAAGGGAUGAUGGCGAGUUAGGAGGGAACUUCCUUCAUUCUUUCCAAAAUGACAAUAGACAAUUCUCAACUCUGCUGCUGCUUGGAAGGUCACAGUGAUAAAGGAAGAUGAUUUGUCUGGAUGUGCAAGGGUUCCUGGGACAGCUCCCCCCCUCCCCCUGGUUUGGUUUUAUGCAAUAAAAAGGCAAAACUUUUUAUUCCAUCAAACAUGGAGGACAAAACUCUGGAGACAAGAAAAUCGCUCUGAGGAUUUAUAUAUGUACAGAUCCCCCCCCCCCCAUUUGCAACAGAAGAAGCUUCAAUUAACGGAUCUCAUUGCUGUGUCCCCCUUUUUUUAUUCUAUGUCUGUGACGUGAUAUUCAAGGAAAAUAGUUGCAAUAGGAAAUUUCUUUUUUUUUUUUUGUCUUUAGCCUUAGUUCAAUUUUUCAAAUAAACUGAAGAUUUCAGUUGCCCACGUCCCUCCAAAGAUUUUUUUUUUGCACAUUUCCGAAACACUCACCCAAGACAAAAUCAGUUCAAAAGUGUAUUUGUUACUGUGCAGAGACUGUUCAGAUCUGUACACGCUCCUCUCUCUUUACCUCAUAAAAAAAAAAAGACUUGAUAUUAUGAUGAAACACCCAAAACUUUGUUUCCCCCACCCCAACCCCUUUCCUAUGAGUGCAACCUUACGCAAGUCCAGGACAAAAGGAAGAUGGUCUAACCAGAGAAACCGGGAAACACUAGCAAGAUUUGAUGGCCUGCGAUUUUGAUGGCAAAACGUAUUUUUAAUGGUAAUGAUGCAGACUUUUGUAAGCUCCAGUGAAGAAGAAAGCCCUACAUUAAAAGCUGACAAGCCUAUGGAGGACAGGACAUGGCAGAAUCUCUUGUUUACAAUCCUCCACUGCUUCCCUUGCAUUUUAUGUCACCACUGCCCAGUCUGUAUUUCCUAUUGUUCCAUUCUCAGCCUGGAUUGUAGUCUGCCUCGAGCCAACAUCAUAUCUGUUUGCUUUUCUCAUUCUGGGUCUACAUGCAAGAUUGGUACCUACCUACCUACAUGUUUUGGUUCAAUACUUGUUUCAUAUAAGGGAUGGUAUUCUGCACCCCACCCAGGACAUGCUUGAGUGGGAUGUUGGCUCAGAUGCUGAUCACAAAUUGUGAUACGUUAUAUUUUAUCUUUUGUUAAAAGUAAUAACUUCUGAUUUUUGCCUAGUUUUGGGCAUUAUUAUUAUUGUGCAUUUUUUUUUGUCAAACGGCUGGAAGGAGGGAAAACGGCUCCUCUCAGGAUUAUCUCAUGGGAGAAACUCAUUAUGUAUUUGAAAAGGGAUAGUUAAAUUAUUGUCUCUUGCUAUAGGACAGCUUGGAAAUGAAAUGGUUAACGUUCUCCCUCCAUGCUGGAAAAAUGUAAUAAACUGAAAUGAACACUC